AUGAGUUCCCCUGGCGACCAGGAGUCCCAGCAGGGCGAUGAACCCGCAGCACAAUCUCACAGCAGGGUGUCCAGGAAGGGACCAGGGUCUGGUGUGUCCAGAGCUCCAUCCAUGAGGAGUGACUGGUCUAAAGAUGACCCCCCUUUCAUGGCAGAGGGGGAAAGCAGGGUGUCCAGGAAGGAACCAGGGUCUGGUGUGUCCAGAGCUCCAUCCAUGAGGAGUGACUGGUCUAAAGAUGACCCCCCUUUCAUGGCAGAAGAGGAAAGGGAACAGGAGGUGGGAUAUGAACCAGACACCAGUAGCAGCCAGGAUGACCAGACAGACCUACUUCACAUCUUUAAGGUGCUCGAGGAGAAGAUGGUCACCUUUUUAAAGAAGGAGCUUCAGAGAUUUAAGCAGAUUUUUAGUCCAGACUACAAGGAAACCUUUGAUAUGAAAACGGAAGAAGACAGUGAUGCCAGAGAAGGAGCUCUCAAGAUGGCAAUGCAUUUCCUUUGUAAGAUGGGGCACCAGGAUCUUGCUGACGAAUUGAAUGAAAAUGAGCUCAAUGUAAUUUGUCAGAAUGAAUUGAAAAGAAAUCUCAACAACAAGUACCAGAGUGUCUUUGAAGGAAUAGCCAAACAUGGAAGCUCUGUCCUACUCCAAAGGAUCUAUACAGACCUCUACAUCACAGAAGGAGGAAGUGGGAAAGUAAAUGAAGAGCAUGAAGUCAGACAGAUUGAAUUCAUAACCAAGAGACCAACUGGACAGGACAAACCAAUCAAAUGUGCCGACAUCUUUAAGCUCUCUCCUGGUCAGGACAAACCAGUUAGAAGAGUUCUCACAAAGGGGGUGGCUGGCAUUGGCAAAACUAUCUCUGUGCACAAGUACAUCCUGGAUUGGGCCGAAGGAAUUAACAACCAAGAGAUCAAUUUCAUCUUCCCACUGUGCUUUCGGGAGCUCAACCUCAUGAGAGAUAAGGAGUGCUCUUUGAUGGAUCUUCUUCACCAUUUUUUUCCAGAGACAAAGCAGUUAACAAUUGGCAUCGAGAAUAAAUAUAAUGUGCUUUUUGUCUUUGAUGGUCUGGAUGAAUGUCGACUCCAACUCAACUUUCCAGGAAAUGAAAGUUUGACUGAUGUGACAGGUGUCACUUCAUUGGAUGUCCUGCUGACAAAUGUCAUCAAGGGCAAUCUGUUCCCUUCUGCUCUACUUUGGAUAACUUCUCGACCAGCAGCAGCCAGUCAAAUUCCUCCUGAGUGUGUUGACCUGAUGACAGAAGUGCAAGGGUUCAAUAAUUCACAGAAGGACGAGUACUUCCGAAAGCGGAUCAACGAUGAGAGUCUUGCAAGUGAAAUAAUUUCACACAUUAAAUCCUCCAGGAGCCUCCACAUCAUGUGCCACAUACCCGUGUUCUGCUGGAUUGCUGCUAUGGUUCUUGAGAUAAUUUAUUCCUCAGGACAAACAGAGAGUCCAAAGACUUUGACAGAGAUGUACACACACUUCCUUAUUUUCCAAACCAGACAGAGAAACAUCAAAUUUGACAAUGUGCAUGACCUUAAGACAAAAUGGAACCAUGCACUUGUCCUCAAUCUUGGAAAGCUAGCUUAUGAGCAGUUAGAGAAGGGCAAUCUCAUUUUUUAUGAAGAAGACCUCAGGGAGUGUGACAUUGAUGUCAAUCAGGCAGUAGUGUACUCAGGGGUGUGCACUCAGAUCUUCAAAGAAGAAUCAGGAAUCUUUCUUGGGACAGUGUUCUGCUUUGUGCAUCUCAGUAUCCAAGAGUAUCUUGCUGCUCUGUACGCACUGUUGAUGAUGGAAGUUGAAAGGGCAGACACAAUUUCCACACAGUCUUCAACUCCAACAAGGAUAACUUCGCAGAAGAAUGCUGUUGACAAAGCUUUGGGUUAUGAAGAUGGCCGCUUUGACCUCUUUCUCCGCUUCCUUCUUGGCCUCUCUGUGGAGUCAAAUCAGAGUCUCCUGCAUGGCCUAAUAACAAUGAGACAAGUUCAGAUGGACAAUGAGGAAACAAUCAGAUACAUUAAGGACAAGAUCAGGGAAGUUUCCUCAGAAAGGAUGAUCAACCUCUUCCACUGCCUGAAUGAACUGAAAGACCACUCCUUGGUUGAGGAGAUCAAGAACUUCUUAAAUGCAGGCACACUUUCUGAAGCCCAGCUCUCACCUGGCCAGUGGUCAGCUCUAGUGUUUGUGCUGAUGACCUCUGACCAGAAUCUGGAUGUGUUUGACCUGAAGAGGUACAUCAGGUCUGAUGAAGCUCUCCUGAGGCUGAAGCCAGUAUUGGGGGAAUCUCACACCAUUCUGGUCAACAGAUGUGGGCUCACUGAACAGAGCUGUACAACACUCGUUUCUGUCCUCUGCAAAGAAUCAUCAAAGCUCAGACACCUGGACCUCAGUAGCAACUACGUUGGAGAUGCUGGAGUCCUACUGCUGUGUAGUGGACUGGAGAGCCCCAACUGUGCACUGGAGACACUGAGGGUCGACAGCUGCGGGCUCACUGAACAGAGCUGUUCAACGCUAGCGUCUGUCAUCUGCAAAGAAUCACCAAAGCUCAGACACCUGGACCUCAGUAGCAACCACGUUGGAGAUGCUGGAGUCCAUCUGCUGUGUAGUGGACUGAAGAGCUCCAACUGUGCACUGGAGACACUGAGCUUGUCAGGCUGUGGUGUAACAGGAGAAGGAUAUGCUGCUCUGGCCUCAGCUCUCAAAUCAAACCCUUCACACCUGGAGGAGCUGGACCUGAGAGGAAACGACCCUGGAGACUCUGGAGUGAAGUUACUUACUGAUCUAUUACAGGACCCUCAAUGUAAACUAAAGAGACUGAGCUUGUCAGACUGUGGUGUAACAGGAGAAGGAUAUGCUGCUCUGGCUGCAGCUCUCAAAUCAAACCCCUCCUCACACCUGGAGGAGCUGGACCUGAGAGGAAACAACCCGGGAGACUCAGGAGUGAAGCUCCUCACUGAUCUAUUACAGGACCCUCAAUGUAAACUAAAGAAACUGAGGCUUCACUACUGCGGUAUAACAGCAGAUGGCUGUGCUGCUCUGAUUUCAGCACUGACAUCAAACCCCUCACACCUUGUAAAUCUGCAUCUGACUAAUAAUAAACUGGGAGACUCUGGUGUGGUGCAGAUCUCUACUCUACUCAGGAAUCCACACUGUAAACUACAGACACUGUGGCUUCAGUCCUGCAGUGUAACAGAAGAAGGUUGUGCUGCUCUGGCUUCAGCUCUGGCAUCAAACCCCUCAUCACACCUCACAUAUUUGUUUCUAAAUGAUGAUAAACUGAAAGACUCAGGUGUGAAGCAGAUCUCUACUCUACUCAGGAAUCCACACUGUAAACUACAGACACUGUGGUAG